GGUCUCUGUUGGACUGGGAGCUGAGAAAUUUGGUUAAGCCCAGCAUUUGGAGAGGGCCACGGACAGGUUCUCAACAUCUGGAUUGUGGAAAAAAGGCAUCUGAAGCCCUCCCAGAGUACAGGCUCUGCAGCUGACUCGGAACACUGUGGCUUCCUCGUCUAAGGCAGCUUUCCAAAGCUACCACCUCAUCUACACCCCUUCCAGCCAGGAAAUAAGGUGUGGAUCAAGCGACACUGAGCUGAGGCACUGGGACCCCACUGGGAUCGUACCUCCUCAUCCUGAUCACUUCCACUGCUGUCAAGGUAGAUAACGUUCAGCACCCACACCUGGAAACAUUAUUCUCAGGUCAAGUGUACCACUGGGAACGACGACCUAGCUAAAGAAAAGUGGACUGUCAUCAAGGCCUGUGAAGAUCCACUAAAGAUAACAGUGACAUGGGUUUUUACUUAAUGAUAUUGUUUUGUCUGGGUACAUUCCCUUCUGCUCUUUCCUGGAACCCAAAUUGGAAACGCCCACCUCCAAAGGCUCCUAUACCAACCAAACCAACCCCCAGGGCAUGGAAGUUCCAUGUAAUUGCCUUAGAAAAUCUCAACAAGACCAUAGCAUCCACCUUCUGUCCCAUCACAGGAUGUGCAAAUACUAUAAGCCUUACUUUUGAUAUAAGGGACACCUGUCAAGGGAAAUGCAUAAAUGACUUUUACAAUGCUAUGUCCUCUCCUAUAUAUGUCUGUUUUGUAUAUGAGCAAACUCGCUCAGACUGUCAGGACCCAAAUUAUGGAGGAUGUCCACACUGGGGCUGCAAAUAUCAUAGUACUUGGCCCAGAUGGGGAGGAGAAAAUCCAUCCAGGCUCAACUCAGUUGAUUGGCAUACUAAGGUCACCUACUCAAUCCCUGACCCUUGGAAUGAUAGAUGGAGAACAGGGGUCGUGGGUUUUGUCUAUAGACAUAAUGAGAAGGAUACAGCCUAUGAUGGGAAGACUAAGAUACUCAUCUUUAGAGCUUUAGCCAAGUUCAAACCUCAAAAUUCCUUAAUUUGAAUGCUAUAACCAAACCAGCUACUAUAUCUGCC